GGUGCUCGAUUCCUCUCCUCUGUUUUCUUCCUUCGAUUGCUUUCCCCUUUUCCCUCCUCACAUGUCUUCUUGUUUGGGAUGAAACAAACAUGGCAGCUCCCUCGAGUGAAGUCCAGCUCGUUCCUGCUAAAAAGCCCACAGUCCGAGGACCACGGCGGGUAGCCAAUCAAAUUCCGGAUGAAAUCCUUCAAGACUCCGAGUUACAGGAGGCAAUCAAAGCCCUGCCUGCAAAUUACAACUUUGAGAUCCACAAGACAGUUUGGCGAGUGAGACAAGCCAAAGCUACGAGAGUGGCUUUGCAGCUUCCAGAGGGCCUGCAAAUGUUUGCCUGUGUCAUCGCUGACAUAAUUGAGAGGUUCACGGAGGCGGACACCAUCGUGAUGGGGGACGUGACAUAUGGGGCCUGCUGUGUGGACGACUUCACCGCCCGAGCCCUGGGAGCCGAUUUCAUGGUGCACUAUGGACACAGUUGUCUCAUCCCCAUAGACUCCACAGCAGGUAUCAAGAUGCUCUAUGUGUUUGUGGACAUCCAGAUGGACAACGCACACUUCCUGGACACGGUCAAGUUCAACUUCACUCCCGGACAAUCCCUGGCACUCGUUAGCACGAUUCAGUUUGUGGCAGCACUGCAGGCUGUGAGUGCAGUGCUGAAGUCAGAGUAUGACAUCCUGGUCCCACAAUGUCGACCCCUUUCACCAGGAGAAAUUUUGGGCUGCACCUCCCCUCGCUUGGACCGUCACGUCAACGCCAUAAUUUAUCUGGGAGAUGGAAGAUUUCACCUGGAGUCAAUUAUGAUCGCAAACCCAGAUAUCCCUGCCUACAGAUAUGACCCGUACAGUAAGGUUUUCUCCAGGGAGUACUAUGACCACGAGGCCAUGCGUGCCUUAAGACUCCAGGCGGUCGAAAAGGCUCGUUCGGCCCAGAGAUGGGGCCUGAUCUUGGGCACGCUGGGCCGACAGGGCAAUCCCAAAGUCCUGGAGCACCUGGAGUCCAGGCUUCAGUCGUUGGGCAAGUGCUUCACUCGAGUGCUCCUGUCUGAGAUUUUCCCCGGCAAGCUGGAUCUAAUGUCAGACGUAGAUGCGUGGGUCCAGAUCGCUUGUCCACGCCUUUCUAUCGACUGGGGCUCAGCCUUCUCUAAACCCCUGCUGUCUCCGUAUGAGGCAGCUGUGGCUCUAAAGGAAGUGAGCUGGAAGGAAGUCUACCCCAUGGACUUCUACUCCAAUCAGAGCCUGGGGCCGUGGGCGCCCAACCAUCCUGACAACCAACCUGUGCGGCCCACUCGCAGGCAAGCCCAGAAGCAAGGCUCGGAGCCAGCUCUUCCUACCGGUAAGCGGUGUGGGCAGACCGAGUGCGCCCCCUGUGGCUGUCAAGGGGAAUGAUGCAUCGUGACCGGCGCCGUCUCCCGACUCGUCAUGUGCCUGCCACCGCCGCUGCUUCUGCUUAACGACUGGAGGGAGGUCAGACCAGAGGAGGAGAGUGGGUGUUUGUCCAGACUGUGCAUCCGUGAGCAGAGAAGCCAGAGGAGCCCUCGGCCCCUCCUCAAAGGGAUUACCAGCCAUAAAUAAUCCCCCAUCUCACACAGCACAGCAGAUCCAACCAAAUUCACUGCCCUCAUUCACAUUUUUGGCAUGAAUUCUGAUCCCAGAAUACAUGCGACAGAGAGAAUAGCUUUUGUGUUUGGGCUCACACAUGUUCACGAGUCAGAUUUCCAUGAAGCGCCGCUCUCGGCCGUGCUGAGAGAGGUAGUCUUCCUGCACACGGGGGAUGUGAGCUUUUCUCUAAUUUACAGACAGAUCACAGGAGCUGACCUUGAACACGUUGUACGGAAUUAAAGUGUUAAUGUGGAUGGCUUCAGUCGAAUGCAAUCCACUUGGAUAAAGCACUGUAUGUCGUCACACUGAUUCACAGACGGGCGCAGACAUAUUGUACGAGGCACUUUAUCUGAUGUACAGUGUGUGACUUUUCACACGAGAGAGGAAAUGUGGAUAGUGGAAAUGUGAUGACCUUGUUUCUCUUUCUGGCUUUUCUAGUCUAAUUCCGAGACAAUAAAUCAUAAACGGAACCCGACUCCCGGUGUGUAUGUUUCUGAUAAAAGAUAAAUAAAUGCCUCCCUGAAACGAUGAGCCUGUUUUUUAAGGCUGCGGAGUACGAGUUCCUAGAUGCAUGCAGUGCAAGUCACGACUGCUCUCCAUCCUCAUUAUUUAUUGAUGGGGGAGUCUGUCAAUAGAUAAAUAAAUAAACCCACACACACUAUUGCCGUUCGGCUGUUACAGAAGAAUCUGAUUGACAGCAGCCCACCAUCCCUGAAAACCUGUAAACCUUGUGCAGGAUGCAGCACGUUGUCUGGGUACGACCCUCUGUGAGUUUUUUAUUUUUUUGCCUACAACUACCAGGCUCCACCAUUAUAUCUCCUUGGCAACAGAGGCCAGUGUGAUGCAGCCCCGUCCUACCUGAUGUCCGUCUCGUGAUGUUUCUCUCAUGUUCCACCAGUGGCUGUUAUUUUGAAGAUCUCGCUACGUGCCACAGUACAGUGCGGGAUGCACAGCGGUCAAGAAUACAUUAGUGGGCAGCAGAGCUUUCUCUCUGUCGUUUGAUUUAUUUUUUUGGCGCACUCCAUCAGCGGGAAAGAGGGGAUACGUUUAAUGCAUCCGCUUUCCUCUCCAUCUGGAGCGUGCCGUUUUUAAUCUUCUGAGCCCAAAGAUUUGUUUUGCUUUAAAUGUUAAUUAAAAUUUAAGCCAUUUUUAGACAUGGCAGAUGAAACUAAUGGAUAUUUAAAUAUCCUAAUGAAAGUCAAGUAUGGUCUUUAUUACUUCGCUAUAAUGUCGAAAUACUUUGAUGUAUACCGCUUUAAAAAUGUUUUUCGUUAUCAAAGCUGAUGAUUCAUUUUUGUCAGCACAUCUGGUGUGAAACUGGAUUAAAGUACUUAACAGAGA